ACUUGCCGUUUCAAAUCACUGUCGUCCAACAGUCUGACUAGUAAACGGAAACAAGACACAUUACUUCGACACAAAAUCUCUUAUUAAUAUAUUGUUUGUUUAACUUAAAUUAAAUUCAUGACUAAAGCACAAGUCGUUUUCCUUUAAAAAGUCGUAAUUGAUCUUUUCAAGUAUAUUUGAUACACAAAAUCGUGCAGUAAUGUGACAUUCAGACUUUGCUGUGAUAAUAUAAACAAGUUGAUAAGUUAUAGUGUGUGUGUGUGUGUUUUUAUUUUAUUAUAUUAUUUUAUCAAUAUCGUUUUUGAUAAUUGUUCGAUUUUUAAAUGGCGCAUAUAAUCUGUUCACAAUGAAAGAAACGACGAUAACCGUAUUGAUGUUUACUUUUCUCGCGUGUCAAGUGUUACACAUUUUUGGAAAAGUGAUUGUAUUGCGCGGUGCGCCAGAAUCAAACUCACAAUUAAGAACAUUAAUAUGUCUCUCAGAAGAUGAUGGCAGCGCUCUUGUAUGGAAUCAUUUAAUAUGGAAUGCAGAAUCUGUAAAACCUAAUAUACUGGCUUUUAGCAAAAAUGCAUUUAAUAAUAAUAAAAUAGACUGCAAAAUGAACGAUUCCGAAGGUUGUUUAAAAUUAUGGUCAAGCAAAAACUGGACUAUUACAAAUUCCUUUGCAACGCCUAUGGCCCUAGUAUUUGAUCAACGAUGGGAAGAAUUUAAAGAAUAUGAAUUUAGUUCUCAGUAUGAACAUGUUGGCUCUAUACAAACUUCUGCAGUACUUUCGUUUUCGAUCCGUGCACAAACAGAUCUACAUAUAUUGUUUUGCAAAGACAAAUACUAUAAGGAAAAUCUUUGCUAUUGGGUCAUAAUAGGCGGUUGGGGCAAUACAAGAUCUGCCAUCCGAAAAUGUUCACAAGGAUUGGAUUUUCUGAAAGAUACUCGCAGAUCAUGGCCAGUUCCACCAUGUGCAGAUAUAUUAUCUCAAAUUAAU